AUGGCCGCCGGUCCUGAGAAGACGUACACCAUCGAACAGACCAAACUCGACCCCGACUCACCAACACCCCCACUCUCCGACUCAGAGUCUCAACGACAAGACUUCCUCCGAAGAUGGAACGCCAGAAUCGAGAACAUGGCCGGCUUCGAAGCCCGCGGUCUGGCUCGAGUACCACCUGAAGACCGCCAGCCAUACUCCCUGAUGGGUCUGGUGCAGAUGCUGCUCCUCUGGCUGAGCGCAAACGCCACGCUCUUGAAUUUGGCGGUGGGAUUGCUGGGUCCUCUGGCCUUCGGUCUGGGAUUUGUCGACAGCGCUCUGUGUGCCAUCUUUGGCAUCUUGCUGGGGGCGUUGACGACGGCGUAUAUGAGCAUUUGGGGUCCGGUGAGCGGCAAUCGCACCAUGGUCGUUGCGAGGUACUUUAUGGGAUACUAUCCCUCGAAGCUCUGCACGUUCCUCCAGAUCGUUCUGAUGGUCGGCUACGGAACGAUCGACUGUAUCAUCGGCGGGCAGGUGCUAUCAGCAGUCAAUGGUGGUGGCUUGUCCAUUGCUGUGGGCACGGUGAUCAUAGCACUGUUGGAGUGCGUGAUUGCUGGCUUCGGUCUGAAGAUCUUUUCAUACUAUGAGCGCUUUGCCUGGCUCCCACAAGUGCUCGUCUUGUUCAUCCUCAUCGGCUGCGCUGGCCCGAAGUUUGACACUUCCCUUCCAAACACCGUGACCGGAAGCACACUUGCUGCGAGCCGACUGUCGUUCUUCUCACUGAUGUUUUACGUCCCCAACUCCUGGGCCGCCGCAGCCUCCGACUACUACGUCACCAUGCCCGCCAACACUUCCCGCUGGAAAACCUUCUCCCUGACCCUGCUCGGUCUGGUGCUGGCGUUCUGGUUCGUCAACCUCCUAGGCAUCGGUCUCGCGAGCGGAGUAGCAUCCCACCCGGCCUGGGCAGACGCCUACGCCAUCUCUUCCGGCGCCCUGAUCACCGCCGGCUUCAGCCCUCUCGGCGGCUUCGGCAAAUUCUGCGCCGUCGUCGUCGGACUCGGUGUCCUCGCCAACUGCACGCCUGGAACCUACAGCGCCGCCCUGGGAUGCCAGAUCAUGGGCCGAUGGGGCCAGAAGCUGCCUCGUUGGGUCUGGGUCGUGAUCUUGUGCAUCGUCCAGCUCGUAUGCGGAGUCGCCGGACGCAACAAGCUGCUUAUCAUCUUCACCAACUUCCUGGCGCUUAUGGGGUACUGGUUAACGUUCAUGGUCUGCAUUUUUGCCGAGGAGCAACUUUUCUUCAAGCCACGCCUGCCAGCCAUCGACUGGGAUGCUUGGUCAGACCCUCAAAAGAUGCCUGUGGGCCUCGCGGCAUUGGCGGCAUUCCUGCUGGGCUGGGUCGGUGCCGUGCUGGGGAUGUAUCAGAUCUAUUUUACAGGACCGUUGGCUGCUGCGAGUGGUGGUGCGGAUGUCGGAGUAUGGGUGGGGACUGGCUUUGUUCUACUUUUCUUUCCUCCGUUGAGAUGGCUUGAGCUGAAGAAGUUCGGUCGAUAG